AAGAAGACCAUGGUUUGCAACAUAGCUGACCAUUCUAUCUCUGAUACUAUUCUUUAUUACUUUAAUAGCUAUACUGCCUAAACUAACGUGACGAUAAUUCGUCACAAGUCACUCACUGCCUCCCUUGAAAACUGGGUUGACCAAAAUAUCUUUUCAAUCCCUUGGAAUAAGAGUCUGACUUAAAGACAUAUCGAACAGCUCAGCAAGCUGUCUGGAGAUUUUCAGUCAAGAAAGAUAAGAGAGUUGGACGUGUCAUUUUAUGACCAAGGCACCUCUGAGGCUUUUUGAUUUCCCUGUAGUCGAAGAACUAUCUGCCUUGUGAUAUGGACUGGAAUAAUUGGUGAAACAUUUUGGGGGAUGCUGGUGGUGGUACCAGUGUCUCCGUCCACUGAGAAGACUGUGCUGAAUAAGUGGGAAAGACAUUUAGCUUUGGAAAAAUUAGAUUCAACCAACUCUUUCGAAUCCUCACCUGAAUUGAGUGAUGGAACUCCAUCCUUACGUUUCUUUUUAUUUUCAAUUUAUGAAAACAGUCGUUUUGAACAGGUCUGUCAGUCGAUCACUAGUUUCCUUUCCUAUCUUAUUCUGAACUUCAUAAUAUUUGAUUUGCACGUAUUCGUAACCCUGCAAAACAAAGUUUCGGAAGCCUUACUGUCUGUUUCUAUGAAUAAGUAACACAAUCAUUUUCUCUUUAUAAGUUCCCAGGUACUCUUAUCACGAAGGGUGAUGAAAACGUCUGUGUGGAGUUGAACAUGGGAUAAACGGUGAGGUUGUUUUAUCAAAUGCAGCACUAAAUUUUUCCCAAGCUUCCUCUACAGACAUGUCAUUAUUCACAGUUCAUUCCAUUAUGAUUGCCUGCUCUUUGGUAGCCCUCAUAUCCGCAAGCCACAAAUUUCAUCUGCGGAGAAUGAAUUAGGAACCUAGGUUGUGUAUACAAACCUGCAAAGCAAUACUGCAUGAUCACUAAUAGCUAGUGGAGCGUGUUUAAACCAAAUCUCGCAGCGAUGGUUUGCGCUAUAGAUCAAAACGCGUUACACAAAUGACGUUUCAAAUCGAAACGCCUCCUAGAACUGAUAAAAGCCAUUGCAAGGAAAUCCGAAAACUGCGAAGGAAUAAACUCAGAGCAAAUCUUUGUUCUUCCCAAAGUGUGGUCAACAACUGGAGCUCUUUACUAAGGAAGUAGUAUAAGAUCCUCCGGUUUAUUCAUAAGUCUGAAGAAGAAAUGUAAAUCAA